AGUACUGUGGUGCUUGAAUCUGAAAUGUAAGAGGAUUGUUGUUUUUGGGCUGGAUUCAUUCAUGCAAAUUUGAGAAGGUAUAAUUGAAGCGAGGUUUGGCUUGGUUUCAGUUCAGCAGCUGAGCUCUGCUGCAGAUUGGUUCUCUAAGUGAAUGCACCUUGGCUACAGAUCUUUAGGAUUGUGCAGUCUCAGGAGCUGUUCGUUUGGUGGUGUAUGCACUUCAGAGUUAGUCUGACCGCCCAGGCUAAUAACUUCACUUCAACCAUGAGUGGAAUGUAGGUUGUCACUACAGCUAUUUCUGCUAUCUACAGCUACUAAUGAUUGUAAUCACAGAACAGGAUCCCGAGCAGUUGCUUUGCUGCUUUUCAAGUGAGUUUUGCCAUGCGUUUCACUUGCUUACAAGACUAGAAAGUUGGACUAAUGGCACGGCGGCUGCGUUUGCAUUUUGCAUCAAGGAGAAGCAAUACCGACCCUUUGUCUGAGACCUGUGACAAUGGCAUGGAAAACAACUUGUGUAUGUCCUCUCAUAGUACUUCUGAAAAUACAGCACAACAUGUUAUUCAAAGGAAGGUAACCCCAGGGCAGCUGGCUUUGCCUCCGUUGUCACCAGAGAUUGGUCAUUUACAGCGCUGUUCAUCACUAUUUAUACCACAGCUUAACAGCAGCAAAAAGAGCACUUCUUUGCAGAUUUCCCUGCAGUCUCGGAAAUUAAACGGAGAUCUUGAAACAUGUGGCAGUGUUGUUGGUGGUCUUGGUAGUAGUUAUGGAAGAACCAAAAAGGAGGAAAGCAAUUGUUGUGGAUCAAGUGACAUUAAAAGUGGAAUUAGCUCUUUUACCAAGGAAAUAGCCAAUGGUGGCGAUUCUUGCGGCAUUCCUACAGCUGAAGGUUUUUCUUGUAACAGCAGCAGCGCAAAUGGUUUUGGGUCAUGUGUAAGCAGUACCGUGAGUGACAGCAGCUCCUGCAGCACCAGGUCUUGUCAGGGUACUCCUUGUAACAUCAGAACCAGGGAUUUUGGGUCCUGUGCAAGCCCGAGCAGCAGUACCGCCAGUGAUGCAGGUUAUUGUAGCAGUAGCAGUAUUUAUUUUGAACCUGAAAUCCUUGAGCGCACAGUGGGAAUAGAAAGAACACCUGUAAAACGGAAGCCGAAGGUGCCACUGAGGCGCUGCUCUUCUUUAGUUAUAUUUCCACGGAGCCCCUGUAACACACCACCAGCAUCUCCUAUUAGCCCAGGACCUCUGCCAGCACGCAGUUCCUACCAGACCUCACACCAGUUUUUGCUUUCUGCUGUCGAGCCUACGCAGGAAGACGAUCAAAUUGCAUCAAAGGGUUCCAUCGCAACAGCGGUCAAUGGCUUAAGGUUAUCUAAAAACAGCUGUCCAACCGUUGAGCUUAGGGACAUAAGACCACUGCACUUGAAUGGGCCGCUACCAGAUAGACCCCAGGAAACUGACAGUGACCAGGAUCAGCCAGCUGCUCGGGAACGAUCACAGAGACACUCAACUGUUUUGCUGCAUUUUGCUCAGCAAAGAGCAGUUGCAAUUGGUGAGUCGACCACAAAUGGCCAGAGCAGUUCUGAGCACCCGGUUCAGGAAUCAGAACCCGAUGUUUGUCCGCAGUAUCAUCAUAUAAAACUGAUCCGGAGCACGUCUGCAUGUCUGCCCUUGCAGAAACAUUCAGACUCUCAACUAGAUUCACAUAGAGAAACUGAAAGAGAUGGGACCCAAGCAAAUAAUGGCCAGCACAAUGCACUGCAGAGGAGCCUUUCAUUUGAAGUGCCAUACCAACAGAUUUCAUACCAUUUAUCUACAUCUACGCAACACAAUUCAAAGACAGGGGCCCCUCAUGUGCACAUUCAUUUAUCACCUGGCACCAAAGGAAGGGUAUGUGGUUCCUUAAUGGAAAUAAAUAGCAACUGCAAAAGCGAAAAUGAUAAAGCCAUCCCUGGAAGAAGCACAAAGACCAGGGAUGAUUUUCUGGGUCAAGUUGAUGUUCCUCUUCACCAGUUACCAACAGAAAAUCCUAACAUUGAAAGGCCAUACACAUUUAAGGAUUUUCUUCUUCAUCCAAGAAGUCAUAAAUCCAGAGUGAAAGGCCAUCUUAGACUAAAGAUGACAUACUUGCCUAAAAACAAUGGGUCAGAAGAAGACAAUGGAGAACAAUCUGAAGAUGUAGAGCCUGGCUGGGAAAUAUUGGACCAACAGGACACCUCUGGGACAUGCCGCCAGCUUCCUGUGCUUCCUCCAGGCUGGGAAGAAAGACAGGAUAACCUGGGCAGGACCUACUACGUCAACCACGAAACCAGAACAACACAGUGGCACAGGCCCACAGCUCAGGACAGUCAGGCAGAGGCAGAACAACGGCAAACUAUUAACCAUGAAGCACAUCAUGCCUUUACUAAUCGCCGGCAGAUAUCUGAAGCAGCAAGUCAUGAGAGAAGAGAGUCUCCUGAUAGCUGGGAAAUAAUAACCGAAGAUGAGACUACACUAUAUAAUAACCACAGCCAGCAGUCACCUCCACCACCUCACUCUCCCAUUGAACACAGUGUUUGUGAUAUUCAGACUCCUCUUGCAGAUGAACUGAGCCGACACAGCUCCAUCACGGUUCAGAGCCAUUCGAGCAGAAGGGGAAGUGCACAGACAGUUACACUUGAAGAGCAGCCUACACAUCCUGUGUUAUUGCCCACUUCAUCAGGGCUGCCAGCAGGUUGGGAAGAAAAGCAAGAUAGUAAAGGAAGAAUAUACUAUGUAAAUCAUAACAGCAGAACAACUACAUGGACGCGCCCGGUCAUUCAGACUACAAUAGAAGCAGUGCAGGCCAUGUCAUGCCAGAGUCCCACCAUGUACCACCCUCCUCGGCUUUCUCCAGAAACUUCACCUCAGCAUUCUGUGGCUCCAAAAUCGAAAUAUGAAAGUGGAUUCCUCCCUGCUGGCUGGGAACUGCGUAGUGCGCCCAAUGGCAGACCCUUCUUUAUUGAUCACAAUACAAAAACCACCACAUGGGAGGAUCCAAGAUUAAAAAUUCCAGUUCAAAUGAGAAGGCGACCCUCCUUGGAUCCUACAGACCUUGGGCCGCUUCCACCCGGAUGGGAAGAGAGAGUUCAUACGGAUGGCAGAAUAUUCUACAUUGAUCAUAACACCAAAGCUACACAGUGGGAAGAUCCACGUCUACAGAAUGCAGCAAUAACCGGACCUGCUGUGCCUUAUUCCAGGGAUUAUAAACAGAAGUACGAGUACUUCAGAAAAAAGAUGAAGAAACCAGCUGAUAUUCCUAACCGUUUUGAAAUGAAGCUGCGGCGAAAUGCUAUCCUGGAAGACUCCUACAGGAGACUGCUGCCCGUCAAGAGGGCAGACUUCCUCAAAGCACGGCUGUGGAUUGAAUUUGAGAAUGAAAAAGGCCUGGAUUAUGGCGGUGUUGCCAGGGAAUGGUUCUUCCUUAUUUCCAAAGAAAUGUUCAAUCCCUAUUAUGGACUGUUUGAAUAUUCGGCUACUGAUAACUACACCCUACAGAUUAACCCCAAUUCUGGUUUGUGCAACGAAGAUCACUUGUCUUAUUUCAAGUUUAUCGGACGUGUUGCUGGAAUGGCCGUUUACCAUGGGAAGCUCCUGGAUGCGUUCUUCAUUCGGCCUUUCUAUAAGAUGAUGCUGCAGAAGCCAAUAACGCUGCAAGAUAUGGAAUCGGUGGACAAUGAAUACUUCAAUUCACUGAAGUGGAUUCUGGAAAACGAUCCCACUGAGUUGGACCUCAGAUUUACAGUUGAUGAGGAGCUCUUUGGGCAGACUCAUCAGCAUGAGCUCAAAAUGGGUGGAUCAGACAUUGUGGUGACAAAUAAGAACAAGAAAGAGUAUAUCCACUUGGUUAUCCAAUGGAGAUUUGUGAACAGAGUGCAGCAGCAGAUGUCUGCCUUCAAGGAGGGAUUUUAUGAAUUGGUACCUCUGGAUCUCAUCAAAAUAUUUGAUGAAAAUGAAUUAGAGCUGUUAAUGUGUGGACUUGGAGAUGUUGAUGUGAAUGACUGGAGGGAAAACACAAAAUACAAGAAUGGCUACUGUGCAACACAGCCUGUCAUACAGUGGUUCUGGAAGACGGUGCUACUAAUGGAUGCAGAGAAACGCAUCCGACUGCUGCAGUUUGUCACUGGCACGUCUCGAGUGCCCAUGAAUGGCUUUGCAGAGUUGUAUGGAUCUAAUGGACCACAGCUGUUUACCAUUGAACAGUGGGGAACACCUGACAAACUACCUAGAGCUCACACUUGCUUCAACCGUUUGGAUUUGCCUCCAUAUGAAUCAUUUGAGGAUUUGCGAGAGAAACUUCACAUGGCAAUAGAAAAUGCACAGGGAUUUGAUGGAGUGGAUUAGGAGCAGUCAAGGUGGCCCGUGCUGCAGAUAUAUAUCGGCCUAAUCGUCAUUGAAAUACCUAACGAAACCCUCUAUAAAAGAUGAUUCCUGCAAGAGACACUUCAGCAGUGUACUGGUACUCAGGACAGAGAACAGUUAUUAGGGACUUGAUUUUUCAAAUUCCAGAAAAUAAAGGCACCAAGAGUUUUAAAGCAACUUUUCAACUUAUUUGUGUUUCUAUGAUUUUCUGGAAAUUGUCCUAUUUUUUAUUAUUAUUUUAUUCAGAGUGGAAAUAAUUAACAUUUUAUUUAGAUUUCCAUGAAGAAUCUGUAUGAAGUUUACAAGCUUUACUGUUUGUAAAAUACACAGGUCUGGUAGGAGCAAGGUAAUCAUUAUUGUACGUCCUUCAAUGUGUUUUUCAAGUAACUGUUGGGAAUGUUAAUAUAUAUAUAUUUUUUGCUGACAUAGUCUGUGCCAUAUGUAAGCCAUACUGUUACAUAUUCACUGCUUUGCUUUUAAACAUGUUUUCAUGCAUGGAAUUCAGGGUUCAGUAUAGGCUUCAUACAUAUGCAUAUUAUAUUCCGUACCUGAAACAUACAUUUUAUUCUACUGGCACAUUUACUUGUGUUUGAGACAGUGAUACAGAGAAAGAAAUAAACAUGCUGUCACUGUAUGCAAUGCUGCUCCUGGUUAAUGGGUGUUUGUCAGGGAUGGCACCUCAGAAUAUUCCAACUGAACGAUCUUUUUGGGGGGUAAAUUACAUUACUAGGUUACUUUAAGAGCAUGCAUUUUCAUUGUUGUAGCUGCAACGUUUACAGGCAUCCAAAGGGUGCAGUUAGUGGCUUUGAGGGUGGGUUACUAGUUGUAUUUCUUUUCCCUUAGUAAUAAGUAAUUCAACCCUAGCCUUUGUGCUUGCAACAAGAUAUGUGUCAUACAUUCUCUUAAAUGUAAUUCUUUGAAGAGACCUUAAAGUUUAAAUAUACAGAUUGUAAAUAAUUUAUACAUAGUGAAUGGCUUAUUUUAUUCUAAAGUUAAACCAGUUCAUUUUGUAUGCCUCUAUCUGGAAUAACUGCUCUUGUUCUUCAACACAGGAGCAGACAGCUUUCAUUUUCCCUUCUCAAUUACACCACACAAAACGUACACUUGUGUUUCAUUUUUGUUUUAAAAAUGGAGUAUGCCCAAAUGUGUUGUCGUUGUGUUUUUAUCAUUCUGAAAUCGUUUUUGAAUGAUUCGCAAUGCAAAUAGGUUUACAGUGUCUAGUAUGUUUACAAGCAACUCUCCCAAAAACUAUAAGCGCUCUUACUUGUGUUUUUUAAUUACUUUUAUUAUUAUUAUUAUUAUUAUUAUUAUUAUUAUUAUUAUUAUCUUGAAUGAGUAAAAUCACACACUGUUUGGUUCCAUUGUAAUUCAAGUCUUGAAGAUUUAUGAGCACUUUUACAUUUUCUUACAUUGGUCUGUAAAUUAUUUGUUGUCUUAAUGUAUAUAUUGCGUAUGUUUAAUUAUUCGUUUUGGCAUAUCAUUACUCCUACCAGAAUAUUUCGUUUUGUAAAGUAUUAUUUAGGACUAACAAAGUAACAUCCUUCUGAGUAGAGACUGUAUGUAAGAGAGGAUUAGAUUUACAUUGAAACAUUCUUUAAUAUAAGCACAUCAAAUAACUUUUAUUUUUUUCUCCAAGCAUAAUUUUACAAAACAUAGACUGUUACAUUGCAAUGCCUUUAAUAUUUGUAACUGUAAAUAGAUAUAUCUCAAUUACUGCUUUGGUUAUCAAGGGGUCUUAUAACUGUCCUGUGAGAUUAAAAAAAAAAAAAGUGUAAAUAUCACAGAAGUGUUUAUUACAGUAUAUAAAGUGAUAUUCUGACUAAUACUAAAUAUUUUUUUUGUAAAAACCUGGAAUGAUCUAUUCCAUUACCUUGUAUAAAUGUAACGUUACAUAACUGCAUGCCAAAGUAAAUUGUGGCAUAUUUUGAAGUGAUUCGUGGAAACACUGACUGACAAAAUAAAGAUGAAUUCUAA